UGUUCCUUAAUUCAUCAAAUGUGAAGAGGCUUUUUUUGAAUCGUCAGGGGUCAGUUCAGUUAGACCUCCAUUCUAGGAUUACGUCUGAUAGGACUUAGUUCAGUUAGACCUCCAUUCUAGGAUUACGUCUGAUAGGACUUAGUUCAGUUAGACCUCCAUUCUAGGAUUACGUCUGAUAGGACUUAGUUUAGUUAGACCUCCAUUCUAGGAUUACGUCUGAUAGGACUUAGUUCAGUUAGACCUCCAUUCUUGGAUUACGUCUGAUAGGACUUAGUUCAGUUAGACCUCCAUUCUUGGAUUACGUCUGAUAGGACUUAGUUCAGUUAGACCUCCAUUCUAGGAUUACGUCUGAUAGGACUUGGUUCAGUUAGACCUCCAUUAGGGAUUUGGAUUCAAAAUUUUUUAAUUAUGGUUAUGAUUUGCUAUUUUCAAACAUGGUGUAAACAGUGUAGAUAACUUCACUUUAAAAUAUAGAUUAUAUCCUAUAGAAUGUGCUAUUAAACUGAAUAAGAAACAAUUUAAAAUUCAGUGUUUUAUAUUUUGCAUAUUUGUACCAAUUUGAAGGUACAGUCUGUGUCCAAACAUUGAACUAGGCUGUUCAUUUACCUACUCAUUUAAUGCAAUAGCUUUUGCUGCAUUUGCUAUACUUGUGUAGUUGCCAUAGCUAGUUAGGCAAAAUGUCUCAACCAUUUAGGUGUAUGUUGUCCCAUAUUAAGUAUAUUUUAGGCACCGACAUUGAAGUCAAAACUUUUAAUAACCAUGCUGUUGUGUAUAUGGGACAAUAUAUCUUGGUGCCACUUGCUAACUUGAAGCAGACGUCUUUUCUAGCAGUUGCAGUUUUAACUCAAACUAACAUUGAAAAUCCAUCAAGUAUUUAAACAAAAUGACCCCCACAUAACAUUCAGCAACAAGGCUGUUCAACGCUCAUUAGUUAUAUCAUCCCAUGUAGCCUGCUUCUGACUGUUAUCCCAUGUAGCCUGCUUCUGACUGUUAUCCCAUGUAGCCUGCUUCUGACUGUUAUCCCAUGUAGCCUGCUUCUGACUGUUAUCCCAUGUAGCCAGGGGCUGGUUUUUCUAAGAUUAUCUGAUUGGAUUACCCCAGUCGGCUAGGAUUACAUUUUAGAAGUUAGAGUUAGUUAAAGUUUUUAACAUCAAACAUGUGAUUCUGAUAAAUGGGGCUUUGAUUUACCCUAUAGGGAUAAGGGUUUUGUCAGCAAAUCUGAUAUAUAAUCAAGAUUUUAGGUCGUUCUGCGUUUCACAAAAUUCGGAAACUGACUAUGUUGAAUAGAUCUCAUCCCCCAAAACAGGACUAUCUUCAUCCCACUAGAAAGGUGAAAGGCAGUACCACCCAAACAUUUCAACGUAAUUAAGCAAAUGGUGAUGAGCCUUCGUGUUUCAGAGCUACAGGUGUUGCUAGGCUACGCGGGACGCAACAAGCACGGACGCAAACACGAACUGUUGACCAAAGCCCUGCAUCUGCUGAAGGCCGGCUGCAGCCCCGCCGUCCAGAUGAAGGUCAAGGAGCUCUACAGACGCCGCUUCCCCACCAAGAUGGUGUCUCCAGUGGACCUGGCCGUGCCCGGCGUCCACUCUACCUCCAGCCUGCCCGGGGGGCUCACCGCUCUGGGGUUCGACGGCCACGGGUCCCCCUCCCCCCUCUCCCUGCCCGUCUCCCUCCUGGGGCCCAAACACGAACUGGGCCUGCCGCUCCUGCCCCCCUCCCUGCACCCUGUGCACCCGGACAUCAAGCUGCAGAGGCUGCCCUUCUACGACGUGCUGGACGAGCUCAUCAAGCCCACCAGCCUGGCCACGGACAACAGCCAGCGGUUUCAGGAGACGUGUUACGCGUUUGCGCUGACCCCUCAGCAGGUCCAGCAGAUCAGCAGCUCCAUGGACAUCUCUGGGACCAAGUGUGACUUUGCUGUUCAGGUUCAGUUACGGUUUUGUUUGUCAGAGACGAGCUGUCCUCAGGAAGACCAUUUUCCUUCCAAUCUGUGUGUGAAGGUGAACAGCAAACCCUGCAACCUCCCAGGCUACCUUCCUCCCACAAAAAACGGAGUGGAACCCAAGCGACCAAGUCGCCCCAUCAACAUCACGUCGCUAGUCAGACUGUCCACCACUGUGCCCAACACAAUUGUUGUGUCGUGGACCUUAGAGAUUGGCAGGAGUUUCUCAAUGGCUGUGUACCUGGUGCGACAGCAGACCUCCACCACUCUGCUACAGAGACUACGAGCGAAAGGCAUUCGCAACCCGGAUCACUCCAGAGCACUCAUCAAAGAGAAGCUGACUGCUGACCCCGACAGUGAGAUUGCCACCACCAGUCUUCGUGUCUCUCUACUGUGUCCGCUGGGGAAGAUGCGCCUGCUGAUCCCGUGCCGGGCGUUGACCUGUUCCCACCUGCAGUGUUUCGACGCCACGCUCUACAUCCAGAUGAACGAGAAGAAGCCCACCUGGGUGUGUCCUGUCUGCGACAAGAAGGCCCCCUACGAACACCUCAUUAUCGACGGGUUGUUUAUGGAGAUUCUCAACAGCUGUGUGGACUGUGAUGAGAUCCAGUUUAAGGAGGAUGGGAACUGGUAUCCCAUGAGGUCGAAGAAAGAGGUCACGGAGGUUUCGGCUUCGUUCAAUGGAGAUGACGAUUCGUGCCGGACAGUCGAGUCGGAGCACCAGAAGAACAGCUCGUCCCACAGCCCUAACAACCAGAAGGUGCAGGUGAUCGACCUGACGCUGGACAGCUCUUCAGACGAUGACCUAGAUGAUGAACCCCCCCCCAAAAGGGCGUGUCCCUCCUCGUCAUUGUCGCCAGCCUCGCCGCCUGCUAGCAAGGGGGUGUUGAACCUUCACAGCCAGGCAUCUCCGGUGGUCAGGGCUCCCAGCAUGCCUCCGGUUGAGCCCAGUUACAUCCCUCCCCCUCCACCACUCAUACAGGACUACCGCCACUACUACCACACCCCCAAUGACCUGGACCUCAACUUCUUCUCCUUCCUCCAGGGGGACAACCAUCAGCAUUAUAAUAUGGUGAUGGCAGCAGCUGCGGCAGCCUCCGCCUCGUCUUCGGACGACCACGACCUUCUCCUCAACCGCUUCCUGCCCUAUAGCUCCUCCCAGAUGUUCCUGGACCAACCAGGGACCCCUGGGGGCGGGAGCAGUGCCCUGGCACCAGCCAACGGGGGCAGCAACAGUGGCAGCAGCUCCAGCCUGGUGUCGUCCGGCAGUCUGAGGGACCGGGAUCGGGACAGAGACAGUCACUCCAACCGGUCGGAUCCAACCGGAGCAGUCAUCUAUGGCUCCAUACCGGACGUGAUCUCGCUAGACUGAAAGGGUCGGGGCAUCGUCCACAGAACUGAAAAACAACUUGAGGGAGGAAAAUAUAAACUGAUGUUUUUUUCUGUAAAUAUCAGAAGAAAAUGAAACAAGAAGAAAACAAUGCUAUGUACAGAGAGGAAAAAUCUAUUUUCAAUUUGACUUCUGUAUAUAAACUUUCAACAGGACGCCGCUCAAUGGCAACGUCUGUGAUGAGUAACUUCAGUUGAUAUUUUUCUGUGAAUACUGAAGAUUUUUUCACGCCCUCUUUCUCCACGUGGUCCCUGAUUAUAUUGUACCUUUUGUACUUCGUUUAUACUCUGUUUUAUUUGAAUAUUCCAUGUUGAUGGCAUUAUUUCUGUCUCAGAACAUGUUUUGACUGUGCUACAGAGCGAGAAGAGAAUCUGUCCAAGUUUGUUUUGUCAUCACUGUAGAUUAUUUUCCUUUAAACAUUCAUUCAUUCUGUGGUCAAUAUUAUUAUAUUUAAUAAUUUUCAAUGUAUUAUUUAUGAUGCUUUUAAGUUAUGUUGGCUCAAAGUGUGCUGUUUAAAAGCAUUCCCUGUCAUGUUCCCUGCUAAAUGUCACUUUGUCACCAGGAAUACACAGGCUAGUCUGGUUUCAAGUCUGUCACUGGUGUCAUAAUGGAGUGGAAUGAUGACACAGACCGGCUGCAUACUGGCUGGUUGUGGAUCCACUGUGUUGGGUUUUCUAUCUCUCAUGACAUCCAGCUUUUAUGGAGCUGCUCAAUCCUCAUUUUCCUACAGUCCAUUCUUGAUUGUUUUCACGUAAUACCCAGGCUGUAUUUUCUGGUAAAGUCUAAUUUAAGUAGUACCUACAGCAGAUGUACAUUUGGGACUCUCAUUUCUCAAGACAGUUUAUUUAUGGAGCCUUUAUAUGAAAUGUAAGCACUUAUCUUUUCACCUGGGGUGUUUCUUUGACUCGUUAAUGAUCACUGCUCACCAAACCAAAAUGCAUUAUGAUAGCAUUUAGUUUGGAACAGAGAUCUGCUUGGCUUUGUAUACAUGCCAUCUGUGUCAGUCGCUCUCUCACACACUCCCCCUCUGACCCCUGACCCUGGUGGAUCUAUAACCAGUCCUUAUCCCUGCCUUGUCCUGAGGGUCUAAUAGUGGUAGUUGUCCUGUUCCUCAGUGUCUGUGCUAUAAUGCCAUUUGAAUACCUGACAGAGGUUGAGUGUGCGCUAGCCUAACUCACCUCAUGGACCUGAGCGGCCCUGCAUUGGCUUAGGUGUUUUCUCUUUACGUUGCUCUUUGCCAGACUGUUGCAGCAACUAGGAUGGACACAGAACCAGGCUGUAGGUCACAUGGUGGUAUCUCCUAAAGUCACUGCCGCCAUUACGCUAUCUUAAGGUCCGUUUGCUCCCUUUCUGUGUACUCAGUAUUAUUUAUUUCCUUUAUAUUAUUUUGGCAUUUUUGGUUGAUUUAUCGCUACACAUUGCUAUUGUAUAUGAUGUUUCUUUUGUAAUGAUAUGAUUCAUGCUAUUUAAAGAGACCAUUGUCACUUCAUAUGCACCAUUGUAACAAACAUCUUCAGUUUUUGCUUUGUCUUCUGUCUGUUUUGCUAUUGAAUGAUGUCCAUAUCACAAUAGUGGCUUGGAGCAUAAUGACUGCCUCUAUGGUCUACUGUGCUGUUUGAUCAUUGUAUGUAUUAAACAGAUACAAGAAGUGGACAACCAGUGGA